AUGACCCAAAAGUCGUUAGCCUUUGCUUCCAUGCCGGGACGCGGAGGAAAGGCUGCCGCUGCAAAACGCCCGACCGCAGUCCGGCAGCAGCUGCAGCAAGCGUUGCCGCGGCGCCCAACAGUGAGCAAGCCACCGAAGUUGGCGGCGGUAACGCUUUCGAUUCCUACGAGGCCGAAGACCAGCCUCUGCGAUGCGAUGGCAGAGGCUAAACGCAAAAUUAGGCUGGACGACCUUGGUAUUACCAAAGUCAAGCCAAAGAGGGCAAUCACCGGGGAACUGAUUAUCGAGAUCUUCGGUGAAAACAGCGAGGAAAGAGCGGACAAGCUGUGCAACGCGAUGAAAGCUGCUCUUUCCCACACAGACGUUCGAGUCGCAAGGCCCACGAAAACUUGCGAAAUAAGAAUUCGGGGCCUCGACGACUCAGUCACACCGGAGGAGGUCGCGGAGACUAUAGCGUCCGCUGGAGGAUGUCGGCCGAAUGCAGUUUCGGCAGGCCCAACACGUACAUCCUCCAGCGGACUAAACUCCGUAUGGGUGCAAUGUCCCGUCAGUGCGGCCAAGAAGGUCGCUGACGUGGGCACUCUUCGAGUGGAAUGA